AUGGAAAGCUUGGAGGAUUCGGUUCAAUGGACAGAUAUCGUCGCGAUGAUGUGCAGAGAAGGGCAUGCGGAGGGGAUUACCCGCGAACAGAUUGAACACGCUCUUAAAAUCCUCCCGGUGCAUCCGGCGAUGAUCAGAGCGGUCAAACGUUUGAAAGCGUCAGAGGAUCCCAAGGCAACGUUUUUCUGCCUCUCAAAUGCAAACCAAGUCUUUAUAGACACUAUUCUCAAGGACAAGAAGCUUGACACCCUCUUCGAUCGUAUUACGACCAAUCCUGCUGAAUGGACUGACGAUGGUCUCCUCGUCGUUCGUAGAAAGGUUGAUCCGAAUGGACCCCAGCACUCCUGCAAAGUGGGAUGCAGCCCGAAUAUGUGCAAGGGUGAGGAACUUACAGCAUUUCUGGCUGAGCAUGAGGAGUAUGACAAAGUCGUUUACAUUGGAGAUGGAUCAAACGACUUCUGCCCUGUCGUCCGUCUGAGAAAGCAAGAUAUGGUACUGGCUAGAAGGGACCGAGGUCUUCAACGUCGCAUUGAUAGGGAUGGGGAAAAGGCCGGUCUCCAGUGCGAGGUUGUCUGGUGGGAGGGUGCCUGGGAAGUGGAGGAACAAUUUGCAAAGCUGUAG